GCCCGUGCCUUAGCUCGGUGUUUCGGCGUAGAGGUGCUGUGAGGAAGGCGGUUUGUGGUGUGACGUCAUGCCCUCCUGACGUCAUGCCUGCGUGGCCUGACUUCACCCAGCCAGCAGCGUGUCUGGCCGUCGUGCUGUUGUCGUUGGAUUUCCAGUUUCCGCUCGCAAUAUUGAUGGUCUUGAAAGCACAUUUGGAUCCAAGACAUUUUCUACCACUGAACAAAUUAAGAACCUCCUCUCUAUCUCAGAUCCAUGCAGACAAUUUAAUAUCUUAUGACCUCGUUUCUCCAAAUUAAAUGAAAAAGCAUUUUUCUCUAGCUUUCCAUGAAGCUCAGCUGUUGCCUGUUAAUUCUGACUGUUAGUGUUGAUCUUUCGAUUGGACUUACCCUGGAAAAUGUAGCUUCUAAUGGGACACUUGCUUUUGAUUCUUUCAAUACAUCACUACAUCCAGUGCCUCAAGCUUCAGCAAGUUCCCCAGCACACCAUGAUAUCAUAGCCAAAGAGGGGACCAGUAUUUUAAUUGAAUGUAAAGUGAACAUCAGCCAAUAUGAAUAUAUUCUUUGGUAUAACUCCAAAGGACACCUGCUUCAACAGAACGAUGAAGGUGGACGGUGGAGGAUUGCUGAUAAUUUCCUUAACAUCACAAAGGUCAACUUUGCUGACCGGGGACGGUACACGUGUGCGGCUGUUAAUCGUAACAACACCUUGUAUUACACCGUCACCCUGAGAGUCACCUUCACCUCGGGAGACAUGAGCAUUUACUACAUGAUUGUGUGCCUCGUUGCCUUUGCUAUCACCCUCAUUUUAAACAUAACUCGUCUGUGCAUGAUGAGCAGUCACCUCCGCAAAACAGAGAAGGCUAUCAAUGAGUUCUUCAGGACGGAAGGGGCUGAGAAGCUUCAGAAGGCUUUUGAGAUAGCCAAGCGUAUCCCCAUCAUUACGUCUGCCAAAACGCUAGAGCUGGCCAAAGUCACUCAGUUUAAGACCAUGGAGUUUGCUCGGUACAUUGAAGAGCUUGCCAGAAGCAUUCCCCUUCCACCACUGAUCCUUAAUUGCAGGGCAUUCAUGGAAGAGAUCUUUGAGGCUGUGCGAGUUGAUGAUCCUGAUGAAGUCGGUGAGGCAGAAAAGCAAACCCAAGCCUGCGGUACCCAAGCUGCGAUAUACCCCAUCAACCCGGAGAUCAAGCGCAGCGAUUCACCGGCCGGGGAUUCUGACGAUGGGUCCGUGAAUGAACAAGGCCAAGAAAUAGCUGUUCAGGUGUCCAUUCACCCGCAGGCAGAAGCGCAGAGCAUUGACAGCGUUUCUCAUGACAGCUGCCAGUUUGCUCCUUCUGAGGAAGGCACCUGCUGAACCCAGCCACAUCUGUGGUGACAGGAGCACGGGUGACUGUGGCAGACGGUGAGAAAGGGAUCUGCAAACAAGCUGCCUCAUCCCACGUGCACAAGAGCUGUUUUUUUUUUCCAAAUUGCAAGGUGCCAGUACUACUACUGAAUCUGUAUUUCCCGUCAGUGUUUCUCUGUUUUAACAGUUUCCAAUCUAAGAGAAGGCUGUUUGAAUUAUUGUUCAGUGGCUUUUCUUUUUGAAGCAAGCUUGUUUUACUUAAAACAUUUACAAAACAGGAAUUCUUUAUGAUCAACACCUUGGUACCCUCUGAUACUUCUGAUCUGUAUUAGAAGUAGCCAAGCUGAGCAGAACAAGUUGCAAUAAGAUCUUUGCCCUUGUGAGCCUGUUCUUCACAAAGUGGAAGCAGAAUUCCUUUAAGUCAGUGUUGUUAUCGUGAUGAAUUGAGUCGUGUGCUCUUUUUGAACUGCCUCGCAGUGCGUGUAGCCCAUCAGAACCACGGUGAGCUUGAACAAAUCUGUUUUGCGUGGUGUGCUUCUAUGUUGCUAUCAAAAUGUACUGUACUUAGAAAAAAAUAAUUGCACCAGGAUCUGCUGCUGAAUUAAACGAAGUGGUGUAGCAGCUUAGAGAACAACCAGGGGAUCUCUGCUUUCCAUGCGUCUGCGGAAAACUCGUGUGUACUCUAGCGUGCGGAAAGCGAAUUGUUACAAACCUUGUCACUUCAGCUUGGUGCUGAUUGCCAACGCGCCUUACCCUGGUUCUGUCUCAGAGCAGAGCAGUGGGCGGUACCACUGGCACUGUCUUUCUUUUGGCUCUGCUGAUUUCACUCGCUAUAGAGAAUCCAAAGUUUCAUGUUGCAUUUGACGUUGUUGUGAGAAAAGAAUGACAGGAAUCGUCUAGUGGCAUAACUUAACUUAAGCAGGAAUUCAUCUACAGGUAAGGUACCUCAGGCAGUUAUUUCUGGACUUUAUAAUAAGAGAGGGGAAAAAAGCAAUGCCACUGACUUUACUGUGGCCAGUGCUUUCAGAAAGCAGUGGGAGAGAGGGCUUAGCAGAGUGGCUGGCUGAGCUGCUUGCCGGCCCUUGUUUGAAGUGGAGCAGUUGGAGGCCGUGCCCUCUCCCAUCUGCUGCAGAGGAAAGGCAGCUGAAUUCUGUACCUACACACAUACGUGCUGCACCAAGGAUCUCCUGCUCAGCUUCCUUCCUCAGCUGUGGGGCUCCGGCCUCGUGGAAGCCACGGGCAGACAAGAAUCAAGGAUGUUCUUUCACACAUUGGUGCUGAUUUUUUUUUUCUCCCUAGCAUUUAUAAGUUGUAUCACUUAAAGAGCAUAAUAUAUCCUAUCGAGAUUUAGUAGAUGUAAGGGUUGUAAAAACUCCACAAAUUAAUUUUUUACAACUACUGGAACCAUUCUGCCGUAUAAUUUAAACAACUUGGCAACGGGAGCACCAUUUAAUUUCCCACAACUCUUUUUUCUUUUCCGUAUUAUUACAAAAAUGUCAGUCGAACAAGUGAUUCUGGAAGGCUGUUCAGGAUUCUUAAGAGGAUUUGACACUACAUUUACAUGAGUAAGCAGACACAGCAGUAAUAACAGGGUGGAGCAUCUGCCGUAGUGCAUCCUCCUAACAAAGGGUCUGAACAAAUUACAUUCAUCACAUCUUAUCAGAUGAUGGGAAAGUGAAGCAUCUAUUACUAUUUUAAAAUACCUCCUGGGGAAAGUUCUGCAGACAGCCACCAGUGAAUGCAGCCUGCUUGGCUUCGGUGUAUGGGGUAAGAGCUGAGUUUUUCAGGAAGAAUGAACACUGCUAGCCUUAGUUGCAGUAGUGCUCUGACCAACUUGGUACCAUUGCCAAGACUGUAGCAAACAUUAUCUGCUUCAGGGGAGGAAAGCCUGCUGUAGACACAAUAGAUACUGCCCUCUGCUGUAGCUUCCUGUUAAUUUCUAUGGUUUGGUGGCACUUUCUGUCCAGGUGAAAAAUUUGUAUCGUUUUGUGUAACCUGUGCUUUUUAAAAAAGUUUUUGGUGAUCUGUGUUAGGAGCCACACUUGUGGAUAAAGGCCUAGUUCCAGAAGCCCUGCCAAGAUGCUGCUGCCUUCACUUCUGCCCUACAGUGAGCUCUGCAGAUUUAUUGCCUGAGCACAGAUCUGGGGGUUUGCAGCAUUUUGGAUGUCCUAUUUGAAAGCUCUUUUAAUCUUUUUUGAGCCACAGGCCCUUGGCAUCGUGCCUGCUCCUGCCAGUUUUUGCAAAACAGCUCUCCUUGCUUCUGUGAAGCUAUUGCAUUACAUGUGGCAGUGGCAUCUUUGAUGUUUCCCCCUUCCUAUACGUGCGAUGUAGAGACGGAACUACAAAAUCAAAGUUCCAUUUAAUUGCUUCCGUGGAAGCAGUUACGCGGUUGUGAUUGACAGAUGUCUCAUCAGGAGCGGCAGCUUGCAGGCAGCAGGGCGAUCCUAGAGGUGCCUCAGAUCCGUGUCAGGAGAGGAGUUUCUAGAUUAACUCAAUCUGUUCUUUGAUUUUUAUGCGUUAUUUACGUAGCUGCGAGUUCUCACUAAGCGCAGUUACGUGGUGUCUCCGUGUGUCCCUGUUCCUGGUGGAGAUGAAAGAUUCUUGCAUAAAGGUCCUCAGAAAUGCAAUUGCCGUGUCAAUUGCUGGGUAGUAAAACCAAGUAUUUUCCUGAAUUAUUACAGUAUUUGGUUUCCCAAAUUAAUUUCAUCCCUGGGAAGGAAGCUGUUUGGCAAGACUUUCAGUGAAUCAGUGGUACUUAUUAAAUGUAGGAUCUGAUCCUACUCCCACUGAAUUCAAUUAUAGCAGAUGAGAAGCCUCAGUGUAUUUUACAAACAAUAUUACAGGUUUUUUGUGCGUCUGAGAGCGAGGAGGGUGGUGGUGUUAUGCAGGAAACGUGAAUUGCAGAGAAUGAAACCUGCCACUGGUUUCCAAACAACUUGUGAACUCUUCUAUUGACUAGCUGUGUGCACGUAGGUUUGUUCGAUGUGACUAACUGAAAAUUAACAUUGAAAGAUUGUAUAAAUGACAGUGUUUCUGACUUUUCUUAGGACAAGGAGAUUCUACAGUGGUUUCCUUGGUUCAAACUGAAUUCUUCGACAAUCUCAAGGCUGUUUUAUCUCUUCUUUAUAACUCCUUUUUAUUUAAAAUAACAUGGAAUCUACUCAUUACCCAAGAGUACCUAAAAAUAACUUUGUAGUGGUUAUUUGUAUUAUAUGGAUUGUAACGUCGCUGUUUAAUGUAACCACAUAGGAUUUCAUACUUUCAUAAAAUGAAAUGGUAGAUUUGCAAAAUAAAUGAAAAACAAAGGCU